AUCAGCCCCGAGAAGCCGGAGCCCGGCGGGAGCCCCGCGGGGAGCCAGGCGGAGCUGGAUGAGGAGAUGGAGAACGACAUCUGCAAGGUGUGGGACAUGUCGAUGGACGAGGAUGUUGCUCUAUUUCUGCAGGAGUUCAACGCCCCUGAUAUAUUCAUGGGAGUUUUUGCCAAGUCAAAGUGCCCUCGCCUUACUGAAAUCUGUGUGGGAAUAUUGGGAAAUAUGGCCUGUUUCCAAGACAUAUGCAUGUCCAUUAGUAAAGAUGAGAAUCUUGGCCAAGUGUUACUGCAACGUUUGUGUGAUUCAGACUCUCCAACUCUUCUGGAAACAAGCAGGUUGUUGCUAACUUGCCUCUCCCAGCCUGAGGUGGCCAACGUCUGGGUGGAGAGGAUCCGAGAAAACCCUUCUGUGUAUGACUGUGUGUGCUUUAUCAUGUCCAGCUCUACAAAUGUUGAAUUGCUGGUGAAGGUGGGUGAAGUGGUGGACAAACUGUUUGACCUAGAUGAAGAGUUGAUGUUGAGCUGGAUUAAAAACGGCACCUGUCGGUCUGUGGGACCCUCUGGAGACGAGUCCCCCGAAGAACUUCCGGAUUUUAAGAUUGUGCCUUGCAUACUUGAAGCAGCCAAACAAGUCCGAUCAGAUAAUCCAGAAGGACUUGAUGUCUAUAUGCAUAUCUUGCAGCUCCUGACCACGGUGGAUGAGGGCAUUCAGGCUAUUGUGCAGGCUCCUGAUGGAGGAAAAGAGACUUGGGGUUUGCUUUAUGACCUCGUUUGCCAUGAGCUUUGCCAGCCGGACGAUCCGCCGCUCAUGGUGCAGGAGCAGAAGACUCUGCUGGCCUCCAUCUUGUCCGUGCUCUCGGCUAUGUUUGCGUCGCAGGCAGAGCAAGAAUACACCAAGAUGAGGAAAAAUAUGCCUCUGAUUGGGAGCUUGAUUCGUAUCUUGCAAUACAUGGAGAGCUGUGGGAAGAGAUCUGUUGAUAACUCCAAGGAAUCUGAAGAAGAGGAGACUGGAAGAGCUGAUAUAAACAAGGAAGAUUUCCAUUUAAAAAUUUUGAAGGAUAUUUGCUGUGAAUUACUUUCCAAUAUGCUUCAAGAACUGACCAAGGAAAAUAUAUUAGAAGGACUACAUCAGGGCCAUUUAAAUGAACAGACAUGUUCCUGUGCAUUUCAGAACCUCUUACCUCUGUAUUUUGCAUCGGUGGAGAGUUUUCUUGAAGUUCUGCGUGAGGCUGAUCAGACCCUUGCUGACAAUCUAGAGAAACGCUUCCCAAGCCUGAAGGUUCACACCUAG